GUGCUCAGAACCAAACACUGCAGAGGCUGCAACAGGUGCUGCAUGCAGACUCAGGGCCCUGCCUCCCCCAUCUGCUGAGCUACCUCAGCAAGAACCUGGGUCCUGGGGCAUUCCGAUUGGCUGCCAGGAUGUACCUGCAGAAAGGAUUUCCCAUCAAAGAAGAUUUCCUGGAACAAUCGGAACAGCUAUUUGGUGCAAAGCCCGUGAGCCUGAUGGGAAGGCAGGAGGAUGACCUGACAAACAUCAACCAAUGGGUGAAGGAGGCCACGGAAGGGAAGAUUCAAGAGUUCCUCUCGGAGCUGCCAGAUAACACAGUGUUGCUUCUCCUCAAUGCCAUCCACUUUCAGGGUUUCUGGAAGAGCAAAUUUGACCCAAGCCUCACCCAGAGAGACUCCUUCCACCUGGACGAGCAGUUCACGGUGCCGGUAGAGAUGAUGCAAGCCCGUUCUUACCCUCUGCGCUGGUUCUUGCUGGAGCAGCCUGAGAUACAGGUGGCUCAUUUCCCCUUUAAGAACAACAUGAGCUUUGUGGUCAUUGUACCCACCCGCUUUGAAUGGAACGUGUCCCAGGUCCUGGCCAACCUGAGCUGGGACACCCUGCACCAGCCCUCGCUGCGGGAGAGACCCACCAAGGUCCGGCUGCCUAAGCUGCAUUUGAAACACCACAUGGACCUGGUGGCCACCCUCAGCCAGCUGGGCCUGCAGGAGCUGUUCCGGGCCCCAGACCUGCGUGGGAUCUCCGACCAGAGCCUGGUGGUGUCGGGCGUGCAGCAUCAGUCCACCCUGGAGCUCAGCGAGGUCGGCGUGGAGGCGGCCGCAGCAACCAGCGUGGCCAUGUCCCGCAUGUCCCUCUCCUCCUUCAGCGUGAACCGCCCUUUCCUGUUCUUCGUCUUCGAGGACACCACGGGCCUGCCCCUCUUUGUGGGCAGCGUGAGGAACCCCAACCCUAGUGCGCAGCGAGAGCUCAAGGAACAGCAGGAUUCCCCCGACAACAAGGACAUCCUCCACGACCGGAAGCUCUUCCCCCGCGGAGACAAGCUCUUCGGCCCUGACUUGAAACUUGCGCCCCCCUCGGAGGAGGAUUACCCCCAGGUUGGCAGCCCCAAGUGAGGGGCUGUGACCACAGCAGCCUGAGUCCCUGCCUGGACCCGCCUCUCAACUCACGUGACUUUCCAAGCAGCUUUGUGGGAUUGGGGGCCGGAUGCCAGUGGGCAGUCUGAGAGAGGACAGGAGCCAUUCUUUCCCAUGGCUUCUUGGGGAGCUUAGGGUGGGUGGGGCCGGGAGGGGGGCAGGCAUCAGGGGGUGAGAUUGGUCCCUCAUUUCUCCCAAGGGGGCGCAGAGUGUGUCCUAUUUUGGGGCUUGGGCAGGAGGUCAGCUGUGGGUCCAGUUUUGUUGGGAGAUAGGUUAGGUCAUUUUCUAAGUCAGCCGGGACAUCCCCACUUUUGUUUUCCAGAGAGGGAGGGGCAGGAGGGAGAAGCUGCCUGUGGACUUGUCCCAGGACACCUCAGAUAGGGAGAGGAGAGACAGGUCCCGCUGGUGGCUCAGGAGGCAGCGCGUUGUCCUGGGUCACACACCGUGGGCCAGCCUCAGCCCUCAGGGGGCCCCGUGUCCUGCUCGGGGUGUGAAGGUGGGCUGUCUGACAAAACCUGCUCUGCCAUAACUUACUGGAGGCCUAUCAGCCUCCCAUGCACCCCGAUGCCCUGUCACCCUGCUCUCCCUGCUGGUCCUUGGAGAGGCCAACACUGCCAGGAUUCCCCUUUCUUCCUCUCUCCUGUCUUCUCCCUCUGCCCAGUAGCUCAGGGACCGAUGCAGGGAAGGGCCCUGUGAGCUCCCUAAGGCUCUUUUGUAAAGUUUUUGUAGUGAUUUUUAUGCCAUCUGAAUAAAGAAUGAAUGGGC